GCAGCUACUAUGUGUUGUUUCCGGAUUUCACCCUCCUCCUUGUGCCUCCUCCUCUUCCUCCUGGCUUCCAGUUCUGCCUCUGAAGAUGAUACUGUGGUGGUCACCAGCAGCGGUCCUAUUAGAGGCAAAAGACUCCCAGCUGGCUCUGGCUCUGUGACCGCCUACCUGGGCAUCCCCUAUGCUGAGCCCCCCAUAGGCAAACUGCGCUUCCAGAAGCCAGUUCCACAUCAGCCGUGGAGCCAGGUCUUGGAGGCCACCAGCUUUGGCAAUUCUUGCCUUCAGGUAAAAAUUGAAAAAAUGCCAUAUGCAGAGCUAUUUGCUGCUAACACACCACUUUCAGAGGACUGCCUCUUCCUCAACAUCUGGGUGCCCCACCCACGGCCAGCCACACCAGUGCCCAUCCUCCUUUGGAUCUACGGCGGGGGUUUCAUCAUUGGCACAGCCUCUUUGGAUAUGUACAAUGGGGCCUUGUUAGCAGCUACAGAGAAUGUCAUUGUGGCCUCCAUGAAUUACCGUGUGGGGACCCUAGGUUUCCUGUACAUGCCGCCAGAUGCCCCAGGAAACGUUGGCUUGUGGGACCAACAUCUGGCUCUGAAGUGGGUGAGUGAGAACGCAGCUGUGUUUGGCGGUGAUGCAACCCGGAUAACUCUCUUUGGCGAAAGUGCUGGAGGAGCCGCAGUUGGUUUCCACCUGCUUUCACCGGCAAGCCAACCCCUUUUUGCCCGUGCUGUGCUUCAGAGUGGAGUUCCCAAUGCCCCCUGGGCUUGGAAGAAUCCUGAAGAUGCCCUAAGAGAUUCGGCGAUGGUUAGUGGCCUUGUGGGGUGCCCUAAAGCUAACCACAGUGCUAUGAUAAGCUGCCUACAGGGGUUGGAAAUGAACAGCAAAAUGUUUGAUGCCUUGCAAACUUUCUUCUCAUUGACAACGGAUGGGGAGUUCCUCCCAGAUGAUCCCCCAAAGCUGCUGGAGAGUGGCCUUGUUCACAGCAAACCCAUUCUCACUGGCGUCACUGCUGAUGAAGGGUCAACUAUGGUAUUUUUUAUGUUUCCUAACAUGACAUCGAAGGAUGCAAUACUGACCCAGGAGCAGGCCCUUAGAGCAGUCAAUGGAACUUUGAAAGGAGCAACCAAACAAAAUGUUGACCAGGAUGUGAUACAGAAGUACACUGAAGGUAGCCAUGGGUCGGAACAAUAUCGUUUGGCCAUGAGUCAUUAUAUGGGAGAUUACUUCUUUGUGUGCCCUCUGCUUGAGUUUGCUGAGAAGGUGGGGAAAGAUAAGAACCAAGUUUAUGUUUACUCCUUCGACCACCGCAAUCCUGACUCUAUUUGGCCUGAAUGGGCGGGGACACCUCAUGGAGCUGAGGUACCUUACUUGUUUGGAAGCGUGGAAUUAGUGUUGCAAACAAACCGGUCGGAGGUGAAGGCUGCCGAAGCCGAAUUGAGCCGCCAAGUGAUGCGAUACUGGGCAGAAUUUGCCAGAAGCGGGAAUCCCACUGGGUCCAUGGGAGAUGAGGCACAGUGGCCUGUCUACAACGCCGCAGAGCAGAAGUUCUUCCACAUUGGCGCAGAUGUGGCAGCCCAGCUCAAACGGAUGUCACCUAGCCCACAAUGCGAUUUCCUGAGCUCCUUGCAUUCCAAGGCCACACAAACAGAAAAAUCUCCAGAAGUUCCUGCUUCAUCUACUUUGGAGAAAGAUGUGAACAGUGCGACAGAAACCUAGAAAGGCAGAACAGAAAUAUCUUGCAGCAAGUGAAAUGGGAAGUUCUGAAAUGGGAAAAAUCAUGCCUUAGAAACAGUUUCAGCUAGGCCUGCUCCUUAACACAACUAUUCACAAUGCAGCUGUUCAUUGGGACAAAACUGACUGAAGAAAAAAACAAAUGGUUUGAUAGGCAGUUGAUGAAAAUGUAAAUCCCACUCAGGCAUUUGGUACUCUGGGCAACUGAGUGCAUGAAUGGGAUCUGCAGAAGACAUGGGCUCAUUUAGGGUUUCCAUCCCCAAGGAGGGAGCCACCUGCAUAGAAUAAUAGAAUCAGAGUUGGGAGGGGCCCAAGGG